ACCUCCAAAAGCAAAGGCCGCCAGUUGUGGUGCGUGCCUGUGCCCGCGAGUUCUCCAAGAUAUCUGCAGGGAUGAGCCUGAGAAGGGUCUCCUCAAGCAUUCCUCAAGUUCUUGGAUUUGCUAGCAGGUCCUUCAAGUCCCUGAAUUUAACUGGGGUGCCCUUAGAUUCCUCGUCCUCUCCUUGUCUCACCCAUGGCAUCCAUCUUUUUCAAUGCCCAGAUUCGGUUGGUAUUGUUGCCAAGCUAUCGGAAGGCAUUGCAUCGAGAGGUGGAAAUAUUCUUGGAGCUGAUGUUUUUGUGCCAGAAAACAAGAAUGUCUUCUAUUCUAGAAGUGAGUUUGUUUUUGACAGAGUUAGAUGGCCACGGGCUCAAAUGGAUGAGGACUUUCUCAGGCUAGCAAAAAUGUUCCAUGCAAAAACGUCCAUUGUCCGGGUGCCUGAUGUAGACCCCAAAUUUAAGAUUGCUAUUCUUGUUUCCAAGAUGGAGCAUUGCCUAACUGACUUGUUACAUAGAUGGCAGGAUGGUAGAUUUCCAAUUGAGAUAACUUGUGUAAUAAGUAACCAUGAAAGAGGCCCAAAUACACAUGUGAUUCGCUUUCUUGAUAGGAAUUGUAUUCCUUAUCAUUAUUUGCACACAACCAAAGAAAAUAAGAGAGAAAAGGAGAUAUUGGAUUUGGUGAAGGAUACUGAUUUUUUAGUACUUGCCAGGUAUAUGCAGGUAUUAUCUGGUGAUUUUUUGCGUGGCUAUGGGAAAGAUAUAAUCAAUAUUCACCAUGGCCUUUUGCCUUCAUUUAAGGGUGGCCGUCCAUCUAAGCAGGCUUUUGAUGCCGGUGUAAAAUUAAUCGGUGCCACUAGUCACUUUGUGACUGAAGAACUUGAUGCAGGGCCUAUUAUUGAGCAGAUGGUUGAGAGAGUUUCUCAUAGAGAUAAUUUGCAAAGUUUUGUGCAGAAAUCAGAGAACCUUGAGAAACAAUGCCUUGCAAAAGCUAUAAAGUCAUAUUGUGAAUUGCGGGUGUUGCGUUUUGAGGGAAACAAGACUCUGGUAUUUUGAUAACAGAUGGAGACGAGCAAUUCAAAGUAGUUACAUUUUGCAUGUAUAUUCAGUUAUCCAUUACAUUUUUUCGGUCAAUUUAUUGGCAUCAAUUUGUAGAAAUAUGUUUAUACAUAACCCCCAAGUGAAAGUCAAGAGAGUAAAAAUUCAACUUUUCAUUUUUUAA